AUGCUUUAUUCCGCAUCACCAGGUAAAAUUGAACGUGGUAGCGCUCAUGGUCGUAAACUAACCACAUACCCUCAUCUAUUCUUGGAGAAAUCUCAACACCGGCAGGUAUGCGAUAUGUUGUCUUUAGGCAGUGAGCGAACGGGAAUUGCGGCAGCGUCACACAAUGUCAACCCGGUUGAACACAUUCGACGCUGUAUACCUGCACAUCCAGCUAAAUCCUUGACCGACGUUACAGAGGACAAAACAAGACGUAAACUGAACACUGCCGAGCGAGCCACUGAAGGUAGGACUUCAUCGCUGGCGGAAUACGAUGAAUAUGGAGUGGUAGCAGUGCGGCAGUCGAUGCAUGGAGUAGGCCUUGCAUCGAUUCGAAUACAGUAG